AUGCGCAUUGCGCACCUAACAACCGGAGCUCCGGCGAUUUCAAUGAACGGCGGCGAGGACAGAGAAAACGCAGCUUUUCGAGCUCUGGUGGAUCGGUGCCGGAGCCUCGAGGAGAGCCAGGCCAAGCUAAGGGAGCAGUUCGAUGAGCUACUGCAGAAGAAGCUCACAGUCAGGGACGAUAACCAUGACAAUAACGAGGUCGUUGCUGAUUCAACAACCCUCGAUUUUCUUUCCGGUUACUUCUUAUCUGGAAGUCCUUACGCAACCGUGUUGAAAUGCAUGGGCCACGCCGUUCACGUCCUCAGAGUUCCCUCCGCCGUGAUCGUAUACUGGAAUCACUCGGCUGAAACUCUAUAUGGAUGGAAGGACUACGAAAUCAUUGGCCAAAAAGUAACUAAAUUCCUAAUUGCCGAAGAAAAUUAUGCAUCUAUGCGAAAAAUUCUGGAAAGGGUAGUUUCAGGAGUACCAUGGUCUGGGCAGUUUCCUUUCAAGAAAAGAUCUGGUGAAGUAUUUAUGGCAUUGGUAACAAAAACUCCUCUUUAUGAGGAUGGUAAGCUUGUUGCUGUUAUAACUGUUUCGAGUGACGCCACUAUAUUAAAAUCUACGAAUUCAGAAAAUCAAAGAACAUACGAAUCUGGUAACAAUGGCCAACCUGGAGUACAGAGGUUAAACUUCAAAAAAAUUCAGUGGCCUCCGCGACCAAUGAUUGCACCAAUGCCACAGAUUGCUUCAUGUGUUUCCAAUCUGGUUCUCAUUAGUGCAUCAAAACUUCUCCCAGUGCUGCAUAGUACUGAUAACACAGUUUCCGUGAACACUUCAACAGAUGCUGUUGCAGAUGAUGAAAAACCAGAGAAACGUGGCAUAUAUGAAACAAAACCUCAUUCCAGACAUCUCCCUAAAGAAAACACAACUGCCACAGAGGCCUCUGAGAAGAAUGAGUCUACUGCAGAAUUUGGUCAAGCUUCUAAAAUUUUAAGAUAUGUGAUCUUCUCUAUGAUUAAAUCACUUCAGGCAGCCAAGCUUCAAACUGGGGCACGUGCAAAAUAUGGGAAGGGUAAUGGAAAUAUUAAAAAUAAUUGUACUGCUGAUAAUUCAAGAAGCAGUAGAGUGAGUAAUGAAAAUGAUUCAUCUGGGGGUUUAGUGCCAUUAAAUCGAUAUCAGGAUGUUGUUAAUGGAGCAGAUAAAAAAGAAAGUCUUCAAAAAUGUAAGUCUUCACUUGCAAUGAAGAGAGCAGAUACAACAGCGUCUGCAUGUAGAGCUUCCACUGUUUCCAAAGAUAGUUCUGAUGCUACACAUAUGAUGACACGAGAUGAAGUGAAAAAGCAGCAAGAAGGCUCGCAAUUGCCAAGUUCGAGGGAGAGUAUAGGCAGCCAUGAAAGCUCAUCUAGCAAAGGGGAUAAUGAGUCAACCUCUGUUUCAGACUGUGAAAUCCAUUGGGAAGACCUUCAAUUAAGAGAGGAGAUUGGACAAGGUUCUUAUGCAGUUGUUUAUCAUGGAAUUUGGAAUGGAUCGGAUGUUGCUGUCAAGGUUUAUUUUGGGAACGGAUACACAGAGGAGACUUUACAAGGCUACAGAAAAGAGAUUGAUAUAAUGAAGAGAUUGAGACACCCUAAUGUAUUACUUUUCAUGGGAGCAGUAUACUCACAGGAAAGGCUUGCCAUUGUGACAGAGUUAUUACCUAGGGGAAGCCUUUUCAAAAAUCUACACAGGAACAAUCAGACAUUAGACAUCAGAAGACGUCUAAGGAUGGCUCUUGAUGUAGCUAGAGGAAUGAAUUAUCUUCAUCACAGAAAUCCACCAAUUGUGCAUAGGGACCUGAAGUCUUCCAACCUGCUUGUAGAUAAAAACUGGACUGUAAAGGUUGGAGAUUUUGGCCUGUCUAGGUUGAAGGAUGCAACUUUAUUAACUACGAAAUCUGGGAGAGGCACCCCUCAAUGGAUGGCCCCUGAAGUCCUUAGAAAUGAACCUUCAAAUGAGAAGUCUGAUGUUUUCAGUUUUGGUGUGAUCCUCUGGGAACUAAUGACUGAAUCCAUUCCGUGGAAAAAUUUGAAUUCCUUACAGGUUGUCGGAGUCGUAGGCUUUAUGGACAGACGACUGGACCUACCAGAGGGGCUUGAUCCCCAUGUUGCGUCAAUCAUCGAUGAUUGCUGGCGAAGUGAUCCAGAGCAACGCCCAUCAUUUGAAGAGCUGAUCCAGAGAACGUUGUUCCUUGUCAACAGAGUAACAGCAGUGUCAAUUAGGAGAAUUUCAGAAUCCUAA